AUGGAGCAGCUGCCGUGGAAACCAUCUGGAGGGUCCUCAGAAAGCUACCGAGGGGCUCAUCACACGAGCCGGCAGUACGCGCUCAGAGGAAGUGAACGCAGGCCAGCCGUGCGGCCCUUCUCGAUGGGCCUUCGGCCUCCUUCACCGCUUCACUGGUCGCCGCCCACCCUCACCAUGCGCCUCUGCUCGGUCACACAGCCACCGGGGGAGCAUGGCUCUCCUCCCGCCUUCACAGCCGGCCACGGCGAGACGCCCACGGUCAUGCCAGCUUUGGGAUGCGGGACCCCAAAGCCCGGGGGUGUCCGCUCCCUGUGCCCACCCACCAGCCUCGGCACGGUCCCAGCGCGAGCCCCGCAGACCCUGGGGGCACCUCCAAAGGACGGUGUGAGAGUGCGGCUGAGCCGACGCGGUGGAGGAAAGCAGGGGGCGGGAAACACCACGCUGGAGACCAGCCCUGCACUGGGGACCCUGUCGAUGGGUGUGUCUCCCCACACAUGCAACGUGCCCUUCAACAACAGCAGGGUGUUCCUGGUGACCGUGUAUAGCGGUGUGUGCGCGCUGGGCCUGCCGGCCAACUGCCUGACGGCGUGGCUCACACUGCUGCAGGUGCGCCAGGGCCACGUGCUGGCCGUCUACCUCUUCUGCCUGGCGCUCUGCGAGCUGCUGUACAUCAGCACCCUGCCGCUCUGGGUCAUCUACAUUCAGCACGGGCACCGCUGGCCGCUCAGCCCCUGGGCCUGCAAGGCGGCCGCCUACAUCUUCUUCUGCAACCUCUACGUCAGCAUCCUCUUUCUGUGCUGCGUCUCCUGCGACCGCUUCCUGGCGGUGGUGUACGCGCUGGAGACGCGCGGCCGCCGCCACCAGAGGACCGCCAUCCUCAUCUCUGCGGCGGUCUUCCUCCUCGUCGGGCUCGUCCACUCCCCGGUGUUCAAGAUGGAGCACGAUGACACCUGCUUCGAGACGCUGCCGAUGGACCGCAGGGUGGCCGGGUACUACUACGCACGCUUCACGGCGGGCUUUGCCAUCCCGCUGUCCAUCAUCGCUGUCACCAACCAGCGCAUCUUCAGGACCGUCCAGCUGAGCACCAGCCUGAGCGCCGCCCAGAAGGCCAAGGUGAGGCUCCUGGCCAUCGCGGUCGUGGCCAUCUUCCUGGUCUGCUUCGCCCCCUAUCACCUGGUGCUCCUGAUCAAAGCCGCCGCCUUUUCCUACUACAGAGGGGCCGAAGUCCCCGUGUGCGCCUUUGAAAUCCGCCUCUACACGGCCUCCGUGGUGUUCCUGAGCCUGGCCACCGUGAACAGCGUGGCUGACCCCAUCAUCUACGUGCUGGCCGCGGAACUGACACGCCAGGACGUGUGCAGGAUCCACAAGGGGUGGAAAAAGUGGUCCACGAAGAUGGACAACACCAAGCUCACGUGCUCGAAGGACUCAGAGGAGGCGCGCUCGCCCAUGUCCCUCACAAACAGCUACGCCUUCCCGGAGCUCAUCCACCCCCCAGGGCCAUCGCCAGGCGCCCCAGAGGAGCUGGCUGAAGGGGCCUGCUGA